AUGCUAAAAAUUAUUAUCCCCUCAAUCAUACUUCUCUUUAUAACAUGGUUAUCACCACAUAAAAUAAUCUGAACAAACAUUACAUCCCACAGCUUCAUAGUAAGCAUUAUUAGCCUAUCUCUCCUAUGACAAAACGAUGAAAACUACCUUAAUUUCUCAACCAUAUUCUCCUCCGACCCUUUAUCCUCCCCAUUAAUUAUCCUAACUACUUGACUCCUACCACUAAUACUCAUAGCUAGCCAAAACCACCUAAAAAAAGAAAAACCAUCACACCAAAAAUUUUAUAUCUCCAUAUUAAUUAGCCUUCAAGUCCUCCUAAUCAUAACUUUUUCAGCAACCGAACUAAUUAUAUUCUAUAUCCUAUUUGAGGCUACCUUAAUUCCCACACUAAUUAUCAUUACUCGAUGAGGUAACCAAACGGAACGAUUAAACGCAGGAAUUUACUUUCUAUUCUACACACUCAUUGGCUCUAUUCCUCUCCUAAUCGCCCUCAUCUAUAUUCAAAACUCCACAGGCUCAUUAAACUUUACAAUCCUACUACUAUCAUCUAACUCAAUUGAUUCUUCCUGAUCUAACAACAUCCUAUGACUAGCGUGCAUAAUAGCAUUCCUCAUCAAAAUACCAUUAUAUGGAGUGCACCUAUGACUUCCCAAAGCACAUGUAGAAGCUCCAAUCGCAGGCUCCAUAAUCCUAGCAGCCAUUCUACUAAAACUAGGAGGAUAUGGAAUAAUCCGGAUCUCAAUCAUCCUAGAUCCAUUAACAAAACACAUAGCCUAUCCCUUUAUUGUCCUAUCUGUCUGAGGAAUAAUUAUAACAAGCUCCAUCUGCCUUCGACAGACAGACCUUAAAUCACUUAUCGCUUACUCCUCAGUAAGUCAUAUAGCCCUAGUAAUCUCAUCUAUUAUAAUCCAAACACCAUGAAGCUUUAUAGGAGCCUCAAUUCUAAUAAUUGCCCACGGACUAACCUCCUCUCUCUUAUUCUGUCUAGCUAACUCAAACUACGAACGAAUUCAUAACCGAACUAUAAUUAUAGCCCGAGGCUUACAAACAAUCUUCCCUCUGAUAGCAACACUAUGAUUAUUAGCUAGCUUAGCUAAUCUAGCUUUACCACCAUCAAUCAAUCUCAUAGGAGAACUAUUUAUUGCUAUAUCACUGUUUUCCUGAUCCAACUUCUCAAUUAUCCUCAUAGGAAUUAACAUCGUAAUUACAGCUAUGUACUCAAUAUACAUGAUCAUUACUACACAACGAGGAAAACCAGUAGAUCAUAUAAAUAACCUCCAACCCUCUCACACUCGAGAAUUAACCCUGAUAUUUCUUCAUAUCCUUCCUCUAGCUCUUCUCACCAUCAACCCAAAACUUAUCUCAGGGCUAACAAUAU